GGCUAUAAAGCGUAGUAGCCGCUCGCGGAGCCUUAGGUUAACACUGGGCGGGUCGGAAUUAAAAUCGGCCGCGUGAUUGGACCGUAAAGCCGAACCAAGGGCAGCGCGUAGCAUCUGCGAGAUAAUGAGCACUUUUUCAGGCUACUGCGCAUGUGCAGGAAAGAAUCAAGGCCUCGCCCCACGAGUUGUGCGCCUACGUGAUGUGGGAGCUGAUGGAUUUGCAGAGGGAUCCUCCAGCACAGUGUUCCGCUGGUCCCGUGGGAGAGGAUUUGUUCCAUUGGCAGGCGACCAUUAUGGGUCCUAAUGAUAGUCCUUUCCAAGGCGGAGUUUUCUUCCUCACAAUUCACUUUCCUACAGAUUACCCCUUUAAACCUCCCAAGGUGGCGUUUACAACAAAGAUUUAUCACCCAAACAUAAACAGCAACGGAAGCAUCUGCCUGGAUAUCCUAAGGAGCCAGUGGUCACCAGCCCUAACUGUGUCCAAAGUUCUGCUAUCCAUCUGUUCUUUACUCUGUGACCCAAACCCAGAUGAUCCUCUGGUGCCAGAGAUUGCUCACACGUAUAAAGCAGACCGGGAGAAGUACAACAGACUAGCAAGAGAAUGGACACAGAAAUAUGCAAUGUAAUGCUCCCUUAAUAGCUCAGCCAGACUGACAGACUGGAGAGGGGAGAGAGCCUCAGAUAGAGGCCAGUCCUUCCCUCAUCCCCUUAAAAUCAUCUUGUGCCAACAUGCUCACAAUGUUUUUAUAUCAACUCCGAACCAAAAAAAAAAAUCCCAGAAACUCCAAGGAUGAGCCCCACAACAUACCACCUCCCCUGGCCUGGCUGAGAAUUAGUCCUGCCCUCUCCCUUUGAAAUCUGCUGCUGUAACGUCGCUCUGCCUCCCUGUGUUUAUUUUUUCACCCCCUCCCAUCUUGCAAAGCCCUUGUCCUGCUUUCCACUGUGAAGCCCCCUUUGGAUCUUGUGCAAGAAGCUCAUAUCACUUUACCUACUUUAAAUAACUCAGGACACCAAAUGUUGAAUUGGGGUGGGUCCCAGGAACCCCCACCUUCUAUUUUUCUUCUACUGUCUCCCACACCAGAAUGACAUGGAUGGCAACUGCCAUUAAAGAAAGGAGAGAGAGAGACAGACACAUUACGCCUUUGGAAAGAAGCGUGGGAGUGUCUGUGUCAAGGCCCUCGAGGAUUCCUCUCAAGGAAAAAGUACAUCUUGAAUGCGUUAUCUGCCAUCGUUUCCCUCCCAAGAGCAAAGGAGCCUGGGAAAACAUGGCACAGCUUUUAAAGCAGCUCACAACACUCGGUGCUGUUUUAAAGGUUACACCCCCUGAAUGUGUGACACACUUUAUCAAUGUACAAUAUUUUUACCGAGAGCUGUAUCCUGAAAGCCAUCAUUGUCCAGAGAAUCCUUUGAUGUGUGUCGGUGAUCAGUAGCUAUUAGCAGUACAUGUGCUCCUUAACAUUUCAACAUCAUGGCUGCCUAAUCCAGCUGCCAUUUUUUUUUAUUCUGUAGUUAUUACUAACUCAUUGCAUGUUUUUCAUUUUGCGUGGGAUACCUUAGAAAAGUCUGCCACUAGCAUAUGAGGAAAUCGUUAAUACCCCCUCAACGUCAUUUAAAGGAACUUGUUAAAGGCUGCAAGAGUUAAAUGCUUGCCAUUCCUACCUGCUGUACAAUUUACUAAAGGUAUGAGCAAUGUUUUAAGGGCCUACCCUGUGAGCUUCUCUCUGUCCCGGCCUACCUCAUUCUGAAUACUGGGACAAAUUACACCAAGCUUUACAAAGCUGUGCAAAUGUGGGUAUAACGAUGUACAGAAUGCACAACCUCUGCUUCUUUAUAUUGAGAAACCCCUUUCCCCCCCAUAAGGAUGCUGAUCCUCCAGAAAUAAGCUUCAUUGUGUCCGCAUCCCUUCUGUAUAAUGAUGCCGGGUGUAUAAUUCAAGCGCUGCUGAAUGAACAAACUUGCUGCAUUGUCUAUUUACGUCCGAGUUCCUAUUUGACACAAAAUGUCUUUUUCCUAUAAAAUUCAUCAAAGGCAGCUCCUGUAGAUUAAUAUCAAAAUAAUUUAUUAGAAUGCCUCCUGCUAUUUCAAACUGUGCUGGAUCAUACUCUGCAUCACUAUAUAAAGCAGCAGUUGGUGUUGCCUUUUAUCAGUGCUGGGCAAGUCUAAGAGUUGAUGGUGGUAGCAGUGAUGCAAAAUGACCAAUGGGGCCCCCGCUUAUCACCUUUGUGCAUCACCACUCCUUUAGCCAGCCAGGGAGCUGAAACUAUAGAAAGCCAAACUAAUGUUGUAGAAAAGUAGAUGAGGUACAUGCCUAUGACUCCUCCUCCUGUUGCACCCUAGCCAUGUGCCUCUUUUGCCUAGUUGCAGCCCUGCCCAUUAUAGUUCACUAGUUCAUCAAUGAUUACCUAAGUCUCAUUUACAACAAGCUUAACAUUUUCCGUGCAAGUGGCUUGCUCCUUCCUAUAUUUGUGUUCUUAACCUGCUGGUUAUAAUAAUAUAAUAGAGGUGUAUGUGUAUUAUAAGGCCUUGUGCACACUACAAUCAUGGCACACCUUGUGAACUCUCAAACUCUGCAGUGCUGCUUAUCAUUAACAGUUUCUAACACUAUUGCUAUAGGUGCAUUUCAGCCCAGAAUGUGCAUUUUGACAUAAAAUGUAGUGAUUUCAGGCAGAUUUCCAUUAUAGUCAAUGACAGGCAGCACAAGGGUAAACAGACUGUUACAUUUGCUGUGAGCCUAAUGAUCUGUGUAUCGUGGUUAAUAAUCAACUCUUAAGCUCUCAUCUGAUAUGUAUGAUCUAUACUAUACUCGCUCCUACAGUGUCUUUAGGUUUAGGGUGGUGGCACACGGGGAGAUUUAGUCACCUGCGAUAAAUCUUCACUAUUGUGGGUGACUAAUCUCCACAAAAUGCCUUCCCGCCAGCAAGAAUGUGAAUCGCACAUUCGGUUUUAGUCGGCCGAAAUCGCGACUUCGGAAAACCGAAGCUAUGCAUAUGCCAUCCCACCGGCAAUUUGCGUUCUUGCUGGCGGGAAGGCAUUUUGGGGAGAUUAGUCGCCCGCAAUAGUUAAGAGUUUUCACAGGUGCCUAAAUAUCCCCGUGUGCUUUCAGCCCAGUGUAUUAGUUGAUUAAAAAAAAAAGAAUGAUGAUGGAAGAAAACCUCUGCAUUAAAGGAUAAGUAAACCUUAAAAAAAACUGUAAAUUUGCUCUGAUUGCUUUUCUAAACACUUUUGCAAUUUACUAUUUCUUUUUUUAAAGAGCUAUUUAAGUUUUUAUUAACUACCUGCUGGUAAGUUCCUUUAUCUGUACUAAAUAUAACUUCAAAAGGAAAUUAGAAAAAUGUUAUGAUGUUGCUCUGUUUAAGAAGUAGAUGGCAAAGGGCAUCUGAAGCUUCUGAUCUCUUUUAACAGAGCAACAUCAGAAUAUUUCCCUGUUUUCCUUCUGAAGGUAUAUCUUUUUUUGACUAUAUAGUUUACUGGAACUGACUAGCAAGUGGUGCAGCUGUUGCGAAAGUCAUGAUAUUGGCAGUUAAUAAAAAUGUAAAUAGCUAUGAAACUGAAAACAAUAAACAAUGUAAAGUGUAAAAAUGCUUAGAAAAGCACCCUAAGCAAUUUUGCAUUCAUUUUUUUUAGGUUUACUUCCUAUAUCCUAUUCUUAAACCUAUUAUAAUGUGUAUUGAUCCUAGUGACCCUAAAGGGGUAUUAUCAUGUCUGCAUCUCUGUGCUCCAUAAUGCUAUUUCACACACUGUUCUAUAAGGUGUGCUCUGAGCUAUAUCAACAUAUGGAGAUAAGCACUAACAUAGGGAAGAGUUAUAUUAAUCUACAGGAGGAACAUGAAUAGGUUGAUAUCGGUGGAUGAAGAUAUUUUUUUCCUGCUGAUCAUUGGGGCAAGCAGUGCAAGCUAGAUAGGGGUAUUUGGACUCUACUCAGCCUGAUGCCAGUUGUGGUCAAGAUAUUCAUGUUCCUUUAGAAUUAAAAAAAAAAUAAUAGCUAAAAAGGAGCAUAAGAUAAGUACUUCAAAUAGCAAGAUGGACAGUAUCCCCAGAGUCAUCAAAAAAUAUUUCUUUUAAGGAGACUCACCACGUAUAUGAGGAGGCCCGGGUGCUCUGCCUUGAGCUUCAGCUUAAGGGAGCGGACAUCCCCCUAUUGUGUGUAGGGUAGGCACUCAAAGAGCAGUCCUCCAAGCAGCAGUAGUUAAAAAGUAUUUAUUGAAGUACAAGUAUGGAUUACAGCCUUACACACGUUUCGUGUUCUCACACCACUUAAUAUAGGCUAUGAUUAAGUGUAAGGCUGUAAUCCACACUUGUACUUCAAUGAAUACUUUUUAACUACUACUGCCUGGAGGAUUGCUCUUUGAGUGCCUACCCUACAAACAAUACGGUAGUAACCCCACAGUGUAGACCCUGCUUGAAGAAUAUGAUGGAAAAUGUUUCAGUAGUUCCACAAAAUGAAAGAUAUUUGAAUGUGCAUGUGCUGUUUUUUUUUUAGGAAGUCCCUUUUCCGGACAGGGCAGUGCAUGUGGCUAAGAGUUUAUGAAAAGCAAUCAAUACCCUGUUUUUACACUUUUGCCUUUGUCACUUCCUGUUCGUUCUGAACUACAGCUCCCAGCCUCCCCCUCCAUUGUGUGAAUGGUAGGGAGAGUUGAAAAAUCAACUGUGGAGAGGCAGCUUCAACAAGCACAUACAACUUCAAAUCUCUUGCCUAAGCAGUCUCAUU